AUGACAGAGCGCAGCCGCGACGCGGCCCUCGCCGCUGUGGCGAGGUACACCGCCGCAUUCGCGGACGAUCGGGAAUUCUCGCUCAUCCCCACCUCGGAGCUCCGCGCGCAGUCCCGGCCCGUGGUCCUCGUGGACUGUCGGGAGCAGGAGGAGCAGCGGACCUCCAUGAUCCCGGGCGCGAUCACGCAGGCCUUCUUCGAGGAGGCCGUGCUCCCGAAGCUGUGCGCGCAGAAGCGUGGCGGGAGCGCCAGUGACGACGAGGAGCCCCUCGUCGUGCCGUACUGCACCGUGGGCUAUCGCUCGGGGCUGUACUGCCGCGACCUGGUGCGGGUGCACGGUCUGCGGCACGUGCGCAACGGCGAGGGCGUCAUCAUGUGGACCUUCGACGGGGACGGCUUGGUGAGGCCGUUCCCCGGCGACGUGCCGCGGCGAGCCCCGACGCUCUCGGGGCGUGCCAGGCAGGCGCCGCCGCUGCCAGGGGCCGUGGCGGAGCACGGCGCAGCGGGCGACGAGGUGCAGCCGGAAGUUGUUCAGGAGGUGCACGUCUACGGCAAGCGCUGGGACAUGGCCGCGGAGGGCUACGAGACGCAGUACUUCACGGCGGGAGGCGGGGCGUCGCGCUUCCUCGUCGGCGAGCUGCGGCGGCGAAGGCUUCCUGACAGGGUCGCGCGAGCUGCGCCCUGGAUGUGGGCCUUUGCGAUGCUCUAUUUCUUCUUCGUUCCUGCGUGCGGGAUCAUGUUCGACUGCGGCUGCCAGUUCGCGGACACGAAGUGGAGUCAGUUCAAGACUUGUAAUGUCAGGAACCGUAAAGCAUUACACAAAUGCCCCUGGUGCACUUGCGAAGGCAUUGGAUGCAUCUUCGUUGCGAGCGACAUGAAUGCCUUCUUUGACAAACCAAUCGUAGACGCGCUACCAAACGGCUUCUUCGUUACUGUGUUCACUGUCAUGGCCCUCUACCCCACAUUCAAGCUGGUGGACCGGACCAUCACGAACACAAGCGAGCUGCCUGGGGCAAUGAUGUCCACGAUGGUAAAGUUGCUCCUUGGCACACUGUGGUUUUUCUCGUACUGCCUUGUCGUAGGCUUAGUGUUUUUCAAUUCCCAUUCGGAUUACCCUUAUUUCAUAGGAUUCGUGCGAGAAGCGACCGCGGCAGCAGGUUCCUGA